UACAAAAUAUUGAUGUCGAUAUACAUGUACAUACGGUUGUAUAUGCCAAUAAAUUUGGACAGUGUUAUGAAAAUGUAAAUACGUUUAUGUGAACAAACAAACUACCAAAUCGUGAUAUAAGGGUUGACUUUUUCACAACUGGAGCAAAGAUGUUGGGAGAUUACGAGGAUUAUGAAUCAUCCUCGUCGGGAGAAGUCACGCCGACUAAAAGGCGUAAUUCUAACGACAACGUUCAAAACAUUCAACAAAACACAAAUAUUUUAUCGUCGCUUAGAAGUGUCCUAAUUGUUAUCAGCUCAGCGCUUAUUAUAUUUGCAGCAGCGAGGAAUACGAUUACAUGGCACUGUCAACGAUUCUGGGGUGCGAGCGGUGACUUCUGGCAAUCGCAGUGGGACAAGUUUCUGGAUACUUUUGGCGAAGAUCCGUUUAAGUUAUGGGUCUACGGAACCAUCUUACUGACCAUGGGGGUGUACUGGUUGUUCGGCGGCAUUUACACGUUUUUAGACGUCACAAAUAAACCUGCAGCCCUCCGAAGAUACAAAAUCCAACCAGGUACUAACGAACCCGUCGAUACAAAAAAACUUCUCAAGGUAAUUGGAAGUGUAAUCGUUAACCAAGUUAUCGUUGGGUUCCCUAUUUCAGUCUUAAGUUUUUGGUUAAUGGAAUGGAGAGGAUAUCCAUCCCUUAGGGAAUUGCCCACUUUCCAUUGGGUAUUAUACGAACUGGCAAUGCAUAUAUUAAUGGAAGAAGUUGGCUUUUAUUAUUCUCACAGAUUAUUGCAUUCCCGGUAUCUCUACAAAUAUAUACACAAACAACACCACGAGUGGACUGCACCCGUAGCGGUGACAGCUAUAUAUUCCCAUCCCUUGGAGCAUAUAUUUUCGAACCUGGUUCCGCCCUUUUUGGGUGUAUUUAUUAUGGGAUCACAUGUAGCAACUGCAUGGUUAUGGUUUUCGUUGGCGAUACUGUCAACGCUAAAUGCACAUUCAGGUUAUCAUCUUCCCUUUUUUCCAUCUCCAGAAGCCCACGAUUUUCACCAUUUAAAGUUUAACAAUUGUUUCGGAGUUUUGGGUGUCUUGGAUCGGUUGCACGGUACUGACACGAAUUUCAGAGCAACACGGGCCUAUGCGCGACACAUUAUGAUGUUAAGUAUGCUUCCGGCAAGGGAAAUGUUUCCGGAUCCCCUUCCCAAGCACAAGCUGGGAAAGCAACGAUAAACGUACAUGUACACACAUGUAUGUUGUGUAUUAAAUAAAAAGUAUUUAUCUACUUAUAACAAGUGAUAGAAAUUGCAAUAUUUAGAAGAGUUUGCAACAAUCUUAUUAUUUUUUUUUUCGUAUUGUGUUGUUAUUGUAUUUUUACGGGGGCAUGCCGAGAGGAAGAGAGGGCACAGUAUGAAACGACGUACCUAAGAAGAUAUUAGAAAUAUUUGGUUUCUUUUUCUUUUCUGUGCUACACUGUAUGUGAUAUAAACAUUUAAAUAUUUAAUUAUGAAUA